AUGGAGGGAUCUUCGUCUAUGUACAACUAUUUCUCGUGGUCUUUGGAGUUGUUUGGAAUUUUAUCAUUAUAUUCAUCGGUUGUAAUCCCGUUUGUUUUGCUGAGUAACUACUUCAGAAACAGAUACAAAUUGCACAUUUCCAACGACAGCACGGAUUCUUGGUAUGCAAAAGCAAUGUACAUAUGUUUCGUACCUGACGUUUAUUCUAUAGAACACGUUCAGAAUGAGGUGGAUCUACCGAUCCCGAUAGUUAUGUCUACAACGCGACACGGACUGCAUUCAAAGCUGACAUGCUUGGAAUGCAUCGAUUCCUAUCUACAUUUCAAUCGUAGUACCUCUAGCAGGACUUCGAAACAAUACUAUAUAUUGUUGGCAUUUUGCUUUUUUGGUCUACAAUCGUCCUACUUGUUAUGGGGAGUAUUACAAGAGAGAAUUAUGACCAAAAUGUAUGACAAUGAGAGGUUUAAAAAUCCACAGUAUCUUGUUUUCUGUAAUCGUGCAAUGGCAUUAAUUAUUUUGAUACCUCUACACUUUCUACAUAUUGGGUUACUUGUUAACCCUUGGAAAAAAGGUCAAAAAGCUCCCUUCAUCGAGUUUGCAUAUGCUUCUGUCAGUAAUGUGAUCAGUAGCUGGUGUCAGUAUGAGGCCCUCAUUUAUAUUUCCUUUCCUAGCCAGGUUAUUCUUAAAGCCUGCAAGGUUUUACCAGUAAUGUUUAUGGGUAGAUUUAUUCAAAAGAAACUGUAUAGUUGGCAAGAAUAUUUUACAGCUGCUAUUAUUUGUUUGGGUAUGGUUAUGUUUUUUUACACUAAUCCUGAACAAACUCAACUUUCAAAUGAAAAGAUUGAUAAUACUCAAUUUCUAUUAUCAUUUAGUGGAUAUCUAUUGAUUAUUGGCUAUAUUGUUUGCGAUUCCUUCACAUCAAAUUGGCAAGAUUAUAUGUUUCAAACAUAUAAACUCACUUCUUUACAAGUAAUGGCUGGUGUCAAUAUUUGGUCUAUAUUUCUCACUUUAAUCUCAUUAAUUGUACAUGGUGAAUUAAUUUCAAGUAUACUAUUUGGAUUAAAUCGUCCUAAAUUUAUUUUCGAUGUUCUAACAUCAUCAUUAUGUUCAGCAUUUGGUCAAUUGUUCAUUUUCCUUACUUUGUCUCAAUUUGGAGCGGCCACAUUUGUAUUAAUCAUGACAUUAAGACUUGGUCUAUCUAUGAUACUUUCAUGUAUUAUUUUCUCUCAUGAAUUACAUCCGAUUGCUAUAUGUGGUGUAGUGGUUGUUUUCUUUGGUUUAUUUUCAAAAAUGUUUUUGCGUCAGAAAAAACCUCUUUCACUGGAAAUUUGUGGUAUACCUGGUGGUAAGUGA